GACCCUCCAGCCUGUGUCAUCCAUCUGCCGGUGUGAGCAAGCAGAACACAGGAACAACCUGCAGAUAUUUUAAACACUGCAAAUUCUUGUGUCUUUCAGGACCUAGAUUUCUCAUCACAUCCACGGGAGCCUUGUAUAUUUUAGACGUACAGAAUGAAGAUGGACUGUACAACUACCGAUGUAUCACAAGGCACAGAUACACUGGAGAAACACGACAAAGCAACAGUGCAAGACUUUUUGUAUCAGAUCCAGCAAAUUCAGCUCCAUCUAUUCUAGAUGGGUUUGACCACCGUAAAGCCAUGGCAGGACAGCGAGUGGAGCUGCCUUGCAAAGCAUCAGGGCAUCCCGCACCAAAGUAUCGUUGGCUGAAGGACAACGUUCCCUGGGAGCCUGACAGCAGGUUUCGGCAGACAGUUACAGGUCUGCUGAUUGAGAACACGCGUCCCUCGGACUCAGGCAACUACGUCUGCGAGGUGUGGAACAACUAUGGGACUGCCGAGAUGAUAGGGCGACUGUAUGUAAAACAACCACUAAAAGCCACGAUCAGCCCACGGAAAGUAAAAAGCAGUGUUGGUAGUCAAGUGUCCUUGUCCUGUAGCGUGACGGGAACUGAGGACCAGGAGCUCUCCUGGUAUCGUAAUGGCGAAAUCAUCAACCCUGGUAACAAUGUCCGGAUCACUGGUGUCAAUCGGGAGAACCUGAUUAUGGAUGGCAUGGCCAAGAGUGAUGGUGGGGCUUAUCAGUGCUUUGUGCGCAAGGACAAGAUGUCUGCUCAAGAUUAUGUUCAGGUGGUACUAGAAGACGGAACUCCCAAAAUCAUUUCUGCCUUCAGUGAGAAAGUGGUGAGUCCGGGAGAGCCAGUCUCUCUUAUGUGCAACGUGAAGGGGACUCCUCUGCCUACAAUCACUUGGACUCUGGAUGAAGAUCCCAUCGUGAAGGAUGGCAGUCAUCGUAUCAGCCAGAUUAUCACCUCCGAAGGCAACGUGGUCAGUUACCUGAACAUCUCUAACACUCAGGUCCGAGAUGGUGGAGUUUAUCGCUGUACUGCCAACAACUCUGCUGGAGUCGUCCCGUACCAGGCUCGAAUAAACGUAAGAGGGCCAGCAAGCAUUCGACCAAUGAAGAACAUCACAGCAAUAGCUGGACGGGACACCUACAUCCACUGUCGUGUGAUCGGCUACCCGUAUUACUCCAUCAAGUGGUACAAGAACUCUAACCUGCUACCAUUUAACCAUCGCCAAGUGGCAUUUGAGAACAAUGGGACACUGAAGCUUUCAGAUGUGCAGAAGGAAGUAGAUGAGGGUGAAUACACAUGCAACGUCCUCGUUCAACCCCAGCUCUCCACCAGCCAGAGCGUGCACGUGACAGUAAAAGUUCCGCCUUUUAUUCAGCCUUUUGAGUUCCCACGCUUCUCCAUCGGGCAACGGGUCUUCAUUCCCUGCGUGGUGGUCUCCGGGGAUUUGCCUAUCACAAUCACCUGGCAGAAGGACGGCAGGCCAAUCCCAGCCAGCCUUGGGGUGACGAUUGACAACAUCGACUUCACCAGCUCCUUAAGGAUUUCUAAUCUUUCGCUGAUGCACAAUGGGAAUUAUACCUGUAUAGCUAGAAAUGAUGCAGCAGCUGUGGAGCACCAAAGCCAAUUAAUUGUGAGAGUGCCCCCCAGGUUUGUGGUUCAGCCCAGCGACCAGGAUGGGAUCUAUGGAAAAGCUGUGAUUCUCAACUGCUCUGCAGAGGGUUAUCCUGUUCCUACCAUUGUCUGGAAGUACUCAAAAG